AUGAUUGCUGUAGCAAGGAAUCUGGCUCUCACCGCCAUCGCCUCUGUGGCAGCAGCGCUUCCUGCGCAGCUGAGUUGCAAGGACGCGUUUGACUGGGAUGCCACCAGACAUCUACUCGCCUUUGGAGACUCAUAUACAUACGUCCAAGGAACAAAUGGCCAUCAGAACUACAGCUUCAUCGGCGACCAACUGAACUUCGCAUACGAUAGGCAGACGCUUCUGACGAACAAGAUUGUUCAGAACCAGACCGCCACGGCCGAGGGAGGCCCCAACUGGGUCGAGUUCCUAACAAACUGCAGCGUCAAGAAAGGAUCGACCUCACCACUGAGCUGUAAGAAGCAGCUCUGGGACUUUGCCUUUGCUGGAGCAGACAUCUCCGUUGAAUACACGUCCCUACACCACAACUACACCGUCUCCCUCGUCAACCAAGUGACACAGUACGAGCAAUACGGCCACCCCGUGCUCAAGAACAUCAUCCACCCAUCCUGCACCCUCGUCGCCAUCUGGAUCGGCAUCAACGACAUCAGCGACUCCGCCAAGUACGCUGUACACUUCCCCACUUUCUACAACCGCAUGAUGACAACGCUCUUCGCCUCCAUCCAGACCCUAUACGACCUAGGCUAUCGCUCCUAUCUCUUCAUGAACCUGGCCCCUCUGGACCGCACUCCAGCUAAUCAAGCACGGAGCGAUCCCUCCCCCAACGGAACCCAAAUAACCUGGUUCAACGACGCGUUGGCCGAGCACGCGCAAAGCUUCGAAAGAGCCCACGCCGACACCACUGUCCACGUCUUCGACGCCCGUACAGCGCUCAGCAACAUGAUGGACCACCCGGCGCGGUAUGGCAUCGUCAACACGACGAAUUUCUGCGCGGGGUACGACCAGCCGGACAUCGAGACGGAUUACCAGGCGUAUGGGUGUCCUACGCCGCUGGAUACGUACUUUUGGUUCAACUCAGGUCAUCUGACGAGCCAUGUCCAUAAGAAACUCGCGGAGAUUCUAGAGGAGCAGUUGAAGGCGUGGUCGAGGUGA